AAGUAUUUGCUACUAAAGGAGACGAUCAAUUAAUCAUUUUCUAAGUUAUGAAAUGUGGUGUUUUGUUUAUGAUUUCUUGUCUUCUGAUCACAUUCCUUGUUCUCAGCCAUGUUAGAGAGGUGGAAUCCAAAACAAAAUGGGGAUGCGACAUGAACAGACCAUUUCCAGGAAAGUGUGGAACUAAUGGAAAGGAUACAUGCAUAAGCGACAUCAAAAAAAUGCCUGGUGCGCCAAAAGAUCUUGUCGUACGUUGCGAAUGUUCUCAACGUUUUGUUUGGAAGGGUUACCCUCCCGAGCGUUUAUGUAAAUGUCAAUAUGAUUGUUAAGCUUUACUAUAUAUAUCACCAUAACCAAAAUCUUUUUACUAUAAACAAGAGAGAAGCUAUAAAGAGGUUUUGGUGUCAGAUUUCAAUAGGCUCGCUAUUAAUUAUACUUCUUUUUAACGUCAUGAAUGAUGAUGAAUGUUACGAAUUCAUGUUAAAACUCUUGCAACAAAUUAACGAUCCCAUUUUACU